CCUGGCCCCACUGCACCCGUGAGCCGGGCGGGUCUCAGGUCGCUCGGGGGCGGCGCCGGUGCCCGCCCCCCACAUCCGGGGGCCGGGCUGGGCUCUGGGGCUCGCGCCGGGCGGGUGAGUCAGGCCGGGUUUUCCCUCCGCCUCUGGGGCCAGCACAAGACUGUCGCCCAGCGCGUCCUCUGCCCGCCGAUCCCGCUCCCGCGCCUGCCCGAAGAGCGUGCGAGGAGAAAGGUUCGGGACCGAGUCAGGGACUGCAGCGCGCCCUGAGAUCCUCGGCGCCAGCAUGAAUCAGCUGCCUGUGCCCUGUUGAACCUUCAUGGCCACGGCCUCAGGCCCUGCUGGCAUUGCCAUGGGCAGCGUGGGCAGCCUGUUGGAACGGCAGGACUUUUCCCCUGAAGAACUUCGUGCCGCUCUGGCUGGGUCCCGGGGCUCCCGGCAGGCUGAUGGGCUCCUCCGGAAAGGCUUGGGCCAGCGCGAACUCUUCAGCUACCUGCAUCUCCCCAAGAAGGACGGCAAGAGCGGCAAGCGAGCACCUCGGAAUGAGCCGGACUAUGCCACCCUCUACUACCGGGAGCAUCCUCGGGCCGGUGACUUCAGCAAGACUUCCCUGCCUGAGAGGGGUCGCUUUGACAAGUGCCGAAUCCGCCCGUCGGUGUUCAAGUCUCCCGUGGGCACCGGGAAAGGCUUCCUGUCCAUGCAAAGCCUGGCAGCCCACAAGGGGCAGAAGUUGUGGCGAAGCAAUGGCAGUCUGCACACGCUGGCCUGCCACCCGCCUCUGAGUCCCGGGCCUCGGGCCAGUCAAGCCCGUGCACAGUUGCUUCAUGCCCUCAGCUUAGAUGAAGGUGGCCCUGAGCCCAGCCUUUCGGACUCUUCCAGUGGGGGUAGUUUUGGCCGUAGUCCAGGCACUGGCCCCAGCCCCUUCAGCUCCUCCUUGGGCCACAUUAAUCACCUUGGGGGCUCACUGGACCGUGCUUCAAGGAGCCCCAAGGAGUCUGGACCUCUGGCUGUACUGAGCUGCCUGCCUGAGCCACCUCCCCCAUAUGAGUUUUCCUGUCCCACUGGUGAGGAGGUAGCCGUGUUGCCUGAGACCUGUGAGGAACUCAAGAGGGACCUCAGUGACCAGGAUGUCUCUAACCCCUUUACUCAGGUGCUAGAGGAGCGCCAGCGGUUGUGGUUGUCUGAACUGAAGCGCCUGUACGUGGAACGGCUGCAUGAGGUGGCCCAGAAAGCUGAGCGCAGCGAGCGCAACCUCCAGCUGCAGCUGUUUAUGGCCCAACAGGAGCAGCGGCGCCUGCGCAAGGAGCUGCGGGCUCAGCAGGGCCUGACCCCAGAGCCUCGGACCUCUGGUCCCCAAGUGGAGGCUGACCCUAAUGCCCGGCCGGAGGAGGAAGCUCGAUGGGAGGUGUGCCAGAAGACCGCGGAGAUUAGCCUGUUGAAACAGCAGCUUCGGGAAGCCCAGGCGGAGCUGGCACAGAAGCUGGCUGAGAUCUUCAGUCUGAAGACGCAACUUCGGGGCAGCAGGGCACAAGCCCAGGCUCAGGACGCUGAGCUGGCUCGGCUGCGGGAGGCAGUGCGCAGUCUGAAAGAACAGGCGCCUCGGGAGGAAGCUCCAGGCAUCUGUGAGACAGAUGACUGCAAGAGCCGGGGACUGCUAGGAGAGGCAGGAGGCAGUGAAGCCAGCGAAGGGGCCGCCGAGCAGCUGCGGGCGGAGCUGCUGCAAGAGCGGCUUCGUGGCCAGGAGCAGGCGCUGCGCUUCGAGCAAGAGCGGCAGACUUGGAAGGAGGAAAAGGAAAGGGUGCUGCGCUACCAGCGAGAAAUCCAGGGGGGCUACAUGGACAUGUACCGGCGGAACCAGGCACUGGAACAGGAGCUGCGGGUGCUGCGGGAGCCCCCUACACCGUGGAGUCCCCGGCUGGAGUCCUCCAAAAUCUGACACUAGCCAAGUGUGCUGACAGCAGGCAUGCUGCCAGAAGAUAGCCUGAGAUAGCAGGCUCCUCCCUUGCCUCCCUUGCUUUGGUCUGAGGCAGAAUCUAUAAAGGCCAGUUCAGGGAUGGGAGGCCCACCCAGAGGAGGGCUCCUGCAGGCAAUGGGCUAGGAUAGGGUACCUGCUCUAGAAGCUAUGGCAAAGUCUUGCUGGCAGAAAAACAGACCCAGGCAGGGCCCAGCCCUGCUCCCUACAGUGGGUGUGACCCAGUAAAGUAGGUUGGAGCCAUCGAAGCCUCAGCCCCAGGAUGCAGAAGGGCAGGAGCAAGGGUGGGUGGCUGGAGACCUGGCCUGAGGUCCUCCGUGGAAGGAGCUGGGGUGGGAAGACUAGCCUCCUCCACAAUAAAAGCACAUUUUUUAUGAG